AUGUCCGGACCCUCCAUCUCCGCAACAUCGGUGGGCACCUCCGCGACCCUCCCGCCAGAUGCGGAUCUCGCGGUUCGAGGCCUGUACGAUGUCUUCAUCGACUCGAGGGUGUUCGCUACCAACGCCACCUCUCCAGCCUUAACGACCGGCUUCGGUUCUCGGGGGCAGCGUCUCGACCGGGCGGACUGGGUCGUUGGCACUGCAUCCUACAAGCCGACAAUCGACUAUCCACCUUUUUGCCCUCAUGGUAACCCUGUUUCGGCGGCAUUCUUUCGCCGACAAGCCCAGGUCAAGGCCAUCGACACCCUUCCUCCUCUCCCAUCCAACGAUUACCCUCCUUCCUCCCCAAGUUCAGGCUCGUCAGGCCCGUCUACCCCAACAUCCGAACGGGGCUUUCCGCGACGGUUCCGACCGCCGUGUCGGGUUAUUGCUUGGUGGGAGGAUGAUCUCGGAUUGUGGUUCAUAACGGAAGGCGCAGAAGUUGAUGUCGGACCGUUUCUGGACGUUUGGGAGCAGACGAUAGGUCCCGGCUGGCCGAUGCAGAAGUCUCUCGGCCCAGAUGGGAAGCCUAUUCCUGUAGACUGGGCCGAAGCCUGCAACCUGCUGAUGCAGUCGGCCCAGUGUCUGCGCGCGCUUCACGAGAGGAGGCUGUCGCUCAACUUUUGUCACCCGAGCGUGUUCUGGUUUGCAAACAACCAGGUCAUCGUCGACCAACUGUGGCACUCGACCGCGCUUCCUGGCCUCUCGCUCCACGACAUCCUUCCGCCAUCCCUCGCUUCCUCGCCGCUGUUUACCCGAGAUCCUUUACAGCACACGGCGACUUCUCUGAGCGAACAGUUCAUUGUCUCCCACCUUCGGUAUAUGGCACCGGAGGUGGCUAUGACGAAGCGUGUGGAGGGCAGCAAUGACAUUUACGGCUGGGGUGUGUUUGCGUAUGAGCUCAUCACCGGCAAGACGAUCGACGGCAGUGUCGGCCCCGACAUUUCCAGUGUGGACAUACUCGCUGAUAUCCACAAGCAUGUCACCGACUCUGCCGAGCCGCCGCUCGACUUUCUGAAGGAUGUGCACAAGCGCACCAAGGGAGCGAUCGAUCUUCCUCCGAAACAUCUCUCGGAUAUCAUCAUGUUGGCGCUCGCGAAAGAUCCGGAAGACCGCUACCACAACUUUGAUUCUCUGAUCUAUGAUCUGCGGAAACUGUCACAGAUCUGCCGAACGAACGGUGAUCUCGCCAAGUUCACUGUCGGUGAAGUCGACCGAAUAUCGCGCUUCCACCUUCCCUCGACCGUGAUCGAUCGCAAGGCGCACCUUGAAGUUCUUGACUCUGCCUUCGAGUCCGUGGCCAAGGGUAUCGCUUCCAGUCGAGCCGUCAACAUCUGGGGUAACACCGGCACAGGCAAAACUUGGCUUGUCGAACAGUGGUCCCAAGCCCUGGAGAGUCGAGAGCACGGUACCUCUUGCCUGAUCGGAUGGUCUCAGCCUAUGGAGCAGAAGCCACUGAUCAGUUUCAACCAAGUGUUCCAGUUCUUGCUGGACCGUGUGCUGACCGAUCCUCGGGAGGACUCGAAGGAGUGGAUGGCCAAAAUCAAGCUCGCUCUCGGGUCGCAAUGGGUGUUCUUCGUAUCGAUGCUUCCACCGGAAACCCGCCGCCUGAUCUGGGAAGACCAAGCGCCGCCGCCGCCGUCACUCGAAUGGAGCAAGUUCUUAAUCGCGUUCCGAGGCUGGUCGCGACGCCUGCUGCAAGUUUUUGCUACCAAGACCCGACCCCUCGUUCUUCUGAUCGACGACAUUCAGUGGCUCAGCGAUGAGGAGGUCGAGAUUUGGCGAGACCUCAUGGAUGGCAGCCAACCACUCAACCAUGUUCUUCUGGUCACCAUGACGCGCUCGGGGUCGCCGCAUCCGUCAUCGCAGACGGCCCUGUCUGCCAGUGCGUUGAACCUCCAUGUGGGCCCGUUCAACGAGGAGGCUGUUCGGCAAUACAUCAACAUCUGCCUGAACGAUCGGGUUGCGAGCUCCGGCGAGGCGUUUUCGAGCUUCCUGUACGGAGAGACGGGCGGAAGCCCUCUGUUCCUGACGACUCUGAUGACGACGCUUUUCAAGGAAGGGGUUGUGGCGUUCGAUUAUGACAGCCUGCAGUGGCGGUUCGACCUCGCCGCGCUGCAAGUGUACCUCUCGGACGCAAGCUUCGACUCCUACCUUGAAGGCCUUCUCUCGCACCUUCCUUCCGCUGGCAUCGGCAUCCCGCUGCUUGCUGAGGCAUUGGGAAAAUCGCCUGCUGAGAUCGAGAUCAUGAUCCAGCUUGCCGCUUCGACCAAUGCUUUGGUGGUGAAGAACAACACUGUCCGGUUCAGUCAUGACAAGCAACGAAGGCUCAUUCCUGCUGAACAGGAAGGCAUCAUUCACGGCCAAGCGUACCACAUUCUGACCAACAAAGCUGUCAUCGGCAGAUACGUCAACGAUGCCGUCGAGCGAGCAAUGGCGGCGCGUCGUCUUGGUCGGCAGGUGGCUUCCGACGCCGAUCUGGUCGCGCUUAUCUUGCAGGCAACUCAGCGAGCGAUCGCGGCUGCCAACCUGCUCGCCGCUCAUCACUUUGUCCAUUUUGCUCAACAGAUCAUAAUGGGAUCUGGCGGCGUCCUGGCCUGGGUCAAGGAACACCGCAAGAUGACCUUCGCCUUCAUCAACUGCUCGUCCGAACUUGCGAACAUCUUCCACGAGCAUGAGUCUGCGUUUGCGAUGCUCGAACAGAUCAAGCCGCUGUGCGAGACCGCAAAGGAGAAGAUCACGACGUCAACGCUUCUCGUCAGGCAGCAUGUUACGAGUAUGAAGUACCGAGAAGCCGUCGAGGAGAUGCUCGCAUGCCUCGAUGAGUUCAGCUACGGCCUCGAGAACCCCCGGAAUAUCGAACUCUGGGAGCCCAAGACCGUGGAUGAGAUCACCGAGUUUGAACGCCAGCUUUUCGCCCAACCCACGGUGCCGAUCAAGGCCGAGGACAGAAGCAACGAGGCGCUCAUCAUGGACCUGAUUAGCUACGCCGGCCCUACGAUCUACAUCACCCAACCUCAGCAACGAUUCUACAUCUUCCGGAUUGGUCUGUCCAUUGCCAGACUUCUGGGCAGCAUCCAGGAGAGCACUGCAUACCUCCUUGCUGUGCACUCCAUGACGAUCAACAAUCCCCCUGUCCAGAAUGCACUGCUGCGUCUCGCCAAACGAUGUACGGCCACCAGGCCGGGCACCUUCCUCUCUAGUGCUGCGUUGGUUGCCAUUGCUGGACAGGCUCACUUCUUCCAAGCGCUGGAGGGAGUGACCGAAGAAAUGGAUAGAUCGUUUGAAGCAUCUAUCAGUCUCGCCGAUUUCGAGAUCGGAAGUUACACUGUGGCACUGGACAUGGCCGCGCGGUUGUUCUCCAAGGUACCGGUCGCAUGGGACAUUUGCGCGCGGCGGUACGACAUGAUCAAGGCGUAUGCGACCACCAGUCACCACGUGUUGUUCAACAUGACGUUCCAAUACGCCGAGAAUCUUGCCCGACCCUUAGGAGAAGAGCCUUGGAUUCUGCUGGGACAGUUCUUCGGUCUCAAUGACUACGAAGCGACUCAGAGUUUCCACAUGCACCGUGGCGUGUACGACUGUUUCACGCUUAGACUCAAGCUCCUCUUCGAUGCGCCUGUCGACGAGAUCCAGCGCUCCAUGGAGUCCGGCAUGGAAACUGUCUUCUACACCGAGGGCUUAGUCUACGGCAUCGAAAUGCACUGGCUCCUGGCGAUCGCUGCGCUCAGGUGCCAGGCCGGCGAUGAGAUUGUUGGGGAGCACAGGGGCCACCUCGCCAAGUUUGCAUCAUACUCGCCGGACACUCGAUACCGUCUGUUGUUCGUCGACGCCAUUCGGUCCCUGUACGAGGAUCCUUUCGAAUCGCUUGCAGUUGUGGAGGAGCUUGCAGCCGAGUUCGACAGCGAGGAGCAGUAUUUGCUCUCGGGCUUGCUGAACUACAUUGUCGCGGACGUCUUAAUCGAGCGGACCGGGUCUCUCAAGCUCGCAACCGGCUUUGUGCGUUCAGCGUUCGCUGGGUACCGCAUGAGCGGAGCGGCGGGUGCCUGCGAGGUGUUGCGCCAGCGCUAUCCCAUGCUCUGCCCCACGACAACGAUUACUCCCCGCGGACCGACCGAGUUCUUCAUGCCGGAUCACAUCCCUGUCGCCCGCCGACCGUCCAUGUCUACGCUUUCGGUUACCGGCGAGACAAUGACCACAUCCUCUCAGGCUCCCAACGGAGGCGGCGAGACGCUCUCCUCGUCCCAGGACACGCAGACCUUAUCGGAGAGGGAUCAGUUGGACACACUUGCCCUGAUGCGCUCCUCGCUUGCCCUCGCCCAGGAGAAGGACAGCCUCGUUCUGCUCUGCACCCUGCUCAAGAUAUUAUGCCAGUUUAUGCGCUGCGACUAUGCCGCCAUCGGUCUCACGGACGAAGGCGAUCGCUCUGUGCUGCGCCUGAAGGCGGCCGGCCCAUUCCAACGCAUCCUUCCCUACGACCUCGACGUUGCUGAAGUCUCAGCCCAGACCGUGUGCCCGACUUCGAUCAUGCUGCAUGUGUCUCGUACAGGUAUCCCGAUCACGCAACCCGCUAAGGCAUUCCGUCUCCGCAACGAUCCCUUCUUCGACGAUCGCCAGCCCCGAAUGCUGAUGUGCCUGCCCGUUAUCAACCAAGGCAUCCAGUCGGGCGUCAUUCUGCUCAUGUCAAUGUCGAACGCUGCCACGGCUUUACAGUCGGAGUCUGCGCGUGAAGUCAUUUCGACACUUGCCACCUUCGCGUACAUCAUCCACAUGCACCACGUCUUCACCAGCCGGCUGAAGACGGAGGUCACGAUGCGCACGAGGGAGUUGACUGCCGCGCUGCAGGCCAAGACGCUCUUCCUCUCGCAGUGCAGUCACGAGCUUCGCUCCCCCCUCGCUGCGAUUAUGGGCCUGGCGGCAGUGCUGGAGAACAGUGCCGGCCUCACGCCAGUCCAGCGCGAGCAUCUCGGAACCAUCCUCACGAGCGGAAACGAUCUCCUCGCGCUGAUCUCGAACAUCCUCGACCACUCCAAGCUCGAGUCCAACUCGGUCUUACUCGAGCACAUCCCCUUCAGCGUGCGUGACGUCGUCGAGUCGGCGCUCGACACGGUCGCCCCAGUCGCUCAAUCGAAGAACGUGGAGCUUACGGUGCUUUCCAUCUUCAGAAACGACCCGCCCGGUCUCCUUGGCGACCCUUUCCGAGUCAAGCAGGUUGUCCUGAACCUCCUCUCGAACGCUGUCAAGUUCACUCCGCCGGGUGAGCGCGGCAAGCGCACCGCGCGCGUCACUGUGGAGCGCAUGUGGGAGGAUCUCGGCGACGGGCAGAUCAAGAUCAUCUUGGCUGUUGAGGACACCGGUGUUGGCAUUCCCGCCUCCAAGCUGAACAAGCUCUUCAAGUCGUUCUCACAGGUGGACGAGUCCAUCACGAGGUCGUACGGUGGGAGUGGCUUGGGCCUUGUCAUCUCGAGAGACCUCGCCUGUCUCCUCGGCGGUGACUGCACCGUCGAGUCCGAGUUUGGCAAGGGGUCCAAGUUUACCUUUUCUUUCGUCGGCACCCGCGACCCGAACUGGAAGCCAACUGUUAUCCGCCGCUUCCCCCAACCGAAGAGGAUUUUCGUCCUGUGCAGCCGGGACAUGGUCUGGGGUCGUCUGCUGGAGGAAGACAGCAAGGAGUUUAACUGUAUACCGACACGCUUUGUCGACGACGCCAAGCUGGCUCUCGACCCUGGCCGGGUUAAUGGCCUGAACUCGGGCAUCGAGUACGCCUUCAUCCUGAUCGACGCGCCGGCUGUCGACUUGGAGACGCUGACGCGCAUGCGCGAGCUGCAACCGCGAGCCAAAUUCUUGUUUGUGACUAGGAUCACUGAGAUUGCCGCGGAAAUGGACCGACUCCAGCUGUCGAGAGAGUCGAUCCUUGCCCGACCUCUGAAGUUCAAGUCCGUGCACGACGCAAUCAUUCCGGAAGACACGCCAAAGGGCGGCAACUUACCGGCGCCAAAGGCCAAGCGUCCGAUCAACAAGCAGCUCGGCAAGGACAAGCCCCUCACGGUGCUGGUUGUGGACGAUGCCCCUGUCAAUAUCCAGGUCUGCCGUCGCAUUCUCGAGCUGUACGGCUACAAGGACGUGGAUUCCGCUACCGACGGACUGCAGGCGACGGAGCUCGCCGAGAAGCGACGCUACGACUUGAUUCUGCUUGAUCUGCAGAUGCCUGUGCUGGAUGGUUUCGGUGCCCUCGAGCGCAUCAAGGCGAGCCCCUUGGCCGGCGAGCCGUGCUGUGUGUCUCUGUCUGCCAAUGUGGACAAGGCGACGCGGGACCGCUGUUCCGAUGUCGGUUUCUUCGCGGUACUUGAUAAGCCGGUCGAUAUCCCCCGCCUCGGCGAGAUUCUCAUCAAGGUGCACAACCACCGCAAUGGACUGCCGACUGACCAGCCCACCUCGCCGAAGGUCUCGGCCCUCCUCUCGCCCAAGACUUCACCUACACUUUCACCAAAGGUAUCUCACAGCGAUUCGGCCACGCCGAAGCCGUCUGUCAACUGCACUGCUUCAUCGCCUACACUCUCGCCGAAAGCCUCGCGCGGCGAUCAGAUCACGUCAACAGCCCAAUCCAACGACGCUGAGCCACCCUCCCCCUCUGCCACGCCGAAGCCGACGCCCGCCGUCAACGCCAACGCCUCAGCAAACGGAACCGUGUAG